GAGGAGCUUCUCCAUGGCCAGCAGUGGUAUGUUGUGCGACAGCUGAUGCUGAUGUGUGUCUGCUUUGUCAGUGUCUGAUUCUCAGUCUGUAGUUUUAUGAAUCAGUAAUAAAAAUGGACUUGACUGUUAAAAGGCUGGCAGCGGACGCCGGGACCUUCCUGAGUCGGGCGGUACAGUUCACAGAGGAAAAGUUUGGCCAAGCCGAGAAAACUGAGCUGGACGCACAUUUGGAAAAUCUUCUCACCAGAGCUGAAUGCACCAAACACUGGACAGAGAAGAUUUUGAAGCAGACAGAAGUGCUAUUACAGCCAAACCCAAAUGUGCGGAUAGAAGAGUUUUUCUAUGAGAAAUUGGACAAAAAAGUUCCCACAAGGAUGAACAAUCACGAGAUGCUGGGUCAAGCCAUGAUCGAUUCUGGGAAUGAGUUUGGACCUGGAACAGCUUAUGGAAAUGCUCUGACAAAGUGCGGAGAGACGGAGAAGCAGAUCGGAGGAGCUGAAAGAGAGCUUAUCCAGAGCUCAGCUAUUAAUUUCCUCACGCCUUUCAGGAAUUUUCUGGAGGGUGAUUUUAAAACUAUAUUGAAAGAACGCAAGUUGCUGCAGAUCAAACGACUGGAUCUCGAUGCUGCCAAGACGAAGUUAAAGAAAGCCAAAAUGGCCGAGGCGAGAGCUGCCGCUGAGCAGGAGCUGAAGGUGACACAGAGUGAGUUUGACAGGCAGGCAGAGAUAACCAGACUGCUCCUGGAGGGAGUCAGCAGUACACACGCUCACCACCUUCGCUGUCUGAAUGACUUUGUUGAGGCUCAGACAACAUAUUAUGCACAGAGCUAUCAGUACAUGGUGGAUCUCCAAAAACAGUUGGGAAGCUUCCCUUCCUCAUUCUCUUCCAAUAAUAACCAGUGUUCAGUGGGGGCAGGAGCUGGUGUCUCCGUACCCACUCUGCCACUUUCCACUGUUCCCUCUACCAGUGCCAGACGGAGUCACUCAGGCUUCAGUGAGCUUUUGAGCUCAGGUGUGAGCCGCAUGGCACGGGUACUGUAUGACUACGAUGCUGCCAGCAGCAAUGAGCUCUCCUUACUGGCUGAUGAAGUGAUUACUGUGAGCAGCGUCCCAGAUAUGGAUUCUGAUUGGCUGAUGGGAGAGCGUGGGAAUCAGAGGGGCAAAGUGCCAAUUACAUACCUAGAGCUCCUAAACUGAGAGGCAACAAGGGGGGAAACCAACUACACACAAUUCAAAGAGGAUGACACCAUAUUCAUUGUGCUUAUGCUGUGGAUUUCAAAAGACUUUAAUUAGGAACAGAAAUACUCUAAUUUCUUUUUAUUUCUAAAAUAAUUUGAACAUUUGUUUAGAUAAAGAGAGAAAAACAAACAGUAUUCAGCACUUGACCAUGUUUAGAGAAAGCGGGUCAGGUUCGGUAAAGUUUACAGGUUUUUGUAAGAUUUUGUACUCUUACAUCCAGUGUUGUGUGCCUUAAAUAACUCUGUGCCUUUAUUAUCAAGCCAUUUUUGCUUUUUAGUUUUUUAUAGCUGGUCUGAUUACAAGAGGUUAAAUACAAUUUGCCAGCUGCAGGUGUGUCUUCUUUUCUCUUGGGCUUCAGAAUAUAGAUCUUUAGUUUGUGUGUCAUCCUUGUCCCAGUCCACCAUGUCCCAUCAUGGCUCCUAAAGGCUUCGUUCUGCAGUCGUGCCUUAGAUAGAAAUACAUUUUAAAUCCUUUACCAUAUUCAGUACAAGCAUGAACUGUAAUAGCCGUGUGUGAGGCUACAAGCCGCUCAUUUGUCUUUUCUUUAAUUUGUCCUAUUAUUUCUUCUGACAAAUGAUAAAAAGAAAAACAAAAAUGUGUAAUUAAAAGAUUUUGCCUUUU